CAAUCGCGAGCAGACGAAGGGAUCCUCCGGGAAUUUGUGUUCAGUCUUCGCAGUGACGUCUUCUCGCAUCCCAUCCUCCUACCCCAAGACUCCACGGUCAUCUCCAGAAGGACAUGGUAGUGAGUGCAAAGCUCUCCGUGUGUGCUUUAGAGUCGCCAGUGAAGCACCCCGUGUAGGGUGAAGAGCUCUGUUGCGUGAAAAUGUGGAAAGUGUAAGCAACAGUUUACCCAAAAGUACAAGGCAUGAGACAGACGCAGCUAAAGUCACCCUGAAAAUUCAAUGUGGAGCGUUCAGUGAGCCCAAGAAGGGAUCACGGCGAAAGUGCGAGCAACAGAAUUGUGACCAAUAAUAAACCCUGAGAGCUGCCGUCUUUACUUUGUCAAAGGAAGUGCAGUAAACAAAUGGUGCUAGUGUGGUAAUCAAAAGAAAGACAGAGUUCAGUGCAAGAUGCAUGAGUGAGGACUUGAUUGUUUGCAGUUGGCCAAAGUGAGAGCCUAGAGUUCAACAUGAGUGGCCUAGGACCAGCCGCGUGCUGGUUGGCGCACAAGAGACUGGAAUCCUGGCGAUCUCUCGUGAGAUCGAAAGAGCGCGCCAAUUCCGUGAGACAAUCAGAGACCAGUGAGGAGGACCUCUCCCUGUCGUCACCCAACCCAGCCUCAUCCUCGCAGAAUAACUCAAUCAGUGAUUCGCAAAAUGACUCAAAUUCAUCACUUGAGUUGCCAGAAAAUGAUUGCGCUGUGCCCAAGGAGUCGCACGCCGUACAGCCACCAAUUGCCGUUCCUGGUCACACUGUUAACAUGGAUGUGAUGCGGGGCUCGCUGGAGACCCAGAGUCCUGUCCAUCUGCAGCACCAGAGCAAAUCCUUCCCACCGCGCCUCACAAGGACUCCAUCCGUGUCUAGCCAGAGUAGUUUAGAUAGCGCUCCUUCGAGAAAUUCCGGUCAUCGUGGAUCAUCCCCUCAAAUUCGAGCUUUCGCACCCGACGGACGUUCCACUUUGCCCAGCGAACAUGCUCCGCUGCAGUACUCCCGCUCACCAAGCCCCAUGAGAGCUAUCAGCCUGGACGCUCGCUGCUCCUCUGCAAUCGCUGCCGAGUCCACCGAUAUGCGCACCUCGAGUCCCUCGCAGUGCAGCCUGGCCUCCCUGGCCAGCGCCAGCACCAGCGGAAGCGCCGUUUGCCUCACGCCCAAGAUCGGCCGCUGCUUGUCGCCGCUCAUGAUUCCGCCGCGAACACCAGUCGGCGUGGAGACAGGCUGCGGUCCGGCCAGUCCACUGGGCGCCCUCCAGCCUGACCUGUACACCCGCCAGGAGGGGCCCAUCUAUCUCACGGGAUCCGACGCCACGCAGGCCUUGGGGCGUCUCCACUUGCGCCUCAAAUACGACUCCAACGUCUUCGAUCUGGCGGUCCAUCUGAUUGAGGCGCACAAUCUCUGCCCCAGCGAGAGUGGCGGCUUCCGUGAUCCGUACGUGAGGUUGUUCUUAUUGCCUGAAGUAGACAAUCGCAAGCGCCAGACGGCCAUCUUCCGCGGGGACAGCAACCCGUACUUCGACCAGCACUUCAAGUUUCCCGUGUCGCGCGAUCAGCUGCAGGGCAAGGAGCUGGUCCUGCAGGUCUUGGACUACGAUCGCUACAGCCACAAUGACGUGGUUGGCGAGGUGAAGAUCACCAUAGACGAGCUGGAUCUAUCCAAGAGCGUCGAAAUCUGGGGUGAUCUGCUCAAGGGCAAGAAGCCACCAGAGGAGCGCCCGGAACUUCUGGUGUCUCUCAACUACCUUCCCCAGGCCGAGAGGCUGACGGUGGUGGUGAUGAAGGCAAAGAACCUGGACACGGUGCAGGAGCCCUAUGUGAAGCUCUAUCUGAUUCACAAUGGGAAGCGCGUAAAGAAGAAGAAGACCGGAACGGGGAAGUCCAGUGAUCCGCAGAAUCCCAUCUGGAAUGAAGCGUUCACAUUCAAUAUUCCCCAAGCAAACAUCCCAGGAGCGGCUGUUGAGAUGUACGUUGUGACAACGGGUGGCGAGGCGAAUGCCAUCGGCAGCUGCGGAAUUGGUCCCCAGGAGAGCGGUCCAGGAAGACAGCACUGGCAGGACAUGAUAAGAAACGCACGGAAGCCCAUCGCGAUGUGGCACUUUAUUAGAUAAAUCAAGAGGCUUCUUCGGCACGAGGUAUGAUCAAAUUUGGUAUGUUGCAGAUGGUAAGAACCACCCAAAAUUUCCGAUGGCGCCUCUAAGGAAACAGAAAUUUGCAAAAAAAAUUGCUCAAUCAAUCUUUUCCAAUUGAAAUGAUUUAGAAGCUGAACUUGUAGUGUCAAUUUUCAGAGGAAAUCAUAAAUGUGUGUUUUUUGAGCAAUGGAGCAUCAGAAAUGUCAGGUGGUUUUUACUAGCGCUGCACAUCAAAGUAAGUAUUGAAGUCAGUACAAACGUGGACAAAAAUUUGUUAUGUAUAUGUAAAAGUUAUUUGCAGGAAAAUCCAAGUCCGUGUUAAUGUAUUCAGUGUCCAGAGGAAAAAAAUAUCUAAAUAAAUAACGAGUAAAUAAAGCAUAUACUUAAAAGAAAGUUCAACUGUAUAACAAAAGGAUUAACAGAAAAAUAGAGAAUAUAUUUGGCGUAAACAAUAUCAAGAUGAUAACAUAUUGCAAAUACAAUGAGUAACAUAAAUCUUAUGAAGUAACCCAAAACAAGUAAAAGAAGGAAAAUAUUAUAGAUGAAACAAUAUAUUGUGUAUGAGAAGAGUCAUAUUGAAAGAUGUCUGUUAUAUUUUACUAAUUGUCGAAAAAUUGUCCCUGCAACAGGAUAACAAUGCCCCACCUUAUCCAUAUAAUCGUAGCUACAAACAUUCAAACUGUUGAAAUGACAAAAAGGUUUCCGUCGAAUGCAUUUCAAAUUGAUGCCACGUGGUUUUGAGUGAUUGAACGUGUAGAGGAAACGCGUUUACAGUUCUAGGGAAUUUCACAUGCAAAGGGUGUGCAAUUAAGGCUGACGUGAAUGAAUUUACUAUUUUUGAGGAAUCUAUUAUUACAUUUACACUUUCUUCUAAGCUCGAUAUUCUUUACAUAAGGAAAAAAAACACCCUCUUGCCCACUUGCACACCCUUUGUGCGCAAAGAAAAUUAAUCGAAUUAAAAGAAACAUGAAUUUUUGAAUCAAUAAAUAUUAUAUACUUGUCAAAAAAUAAAUGUCCAGUAAAAAUAUUCAAAUACAAUCUAUUUUAUAUGUGUGAAAAUAAAAUUUAUCCUAAAAGAAAUUAAGUGUUUCAGUGGGUUUUCAACUCGAUUGUAAACACAAUUUACUAAAAAAGAAGUAUAGCUAUAAAUAUACUGUAAUGAAGAUGAAUCAUACUAAACUUUAUGAUCCUAAUUUCUAUGUGGCCUAUAAUACUUUUAACUUAUAUAAAUUGAGAAAGUGUAUAUUUGAAUUCUUCCAUGGAAAAAGAACCCAAUACAAUCUCUUUCAUCUAUGAGUAUGAGUAUAUUAUAUAAGAAUAAAUUUUUUAAAUGAGUGAUGAAAGGGAGAAAAUAUUUAUAAAUAUAUAAUCUAUAUUUCUGUACUAUUUUUUGCUAAAUUCUCUAUAAGUAUAAAAUGAAAGAAGGUAAAAUCCCAAAUUUGUUGUGCAACUUAAUGACUUUUUGCUGAUGAAGGUAAAACAUGAACCUAAUCAAAUUAUUGACUGAAUACUUAAAAUAUCUCUGUAGUAAUUGUUAUGUAACGUGAAAAAAAAUAUGAACCCUUGAUGACUCUCAACUCUCCUUUUCUGUUGUACCCCAAGAACAAUUUCUUUGAUAUUUCAAUUGAAACACAUAGAAAAUCACAAAACUUAUGCAAAUAAUGAUAAGUGUAUUUUAAAAAAGAGAAAACAAAUUUUAUCAUACAGUAUCUUGAUUAUGAAGAAUGUUAUGAUCACGAUGAAUAAUUUAUUGGUAGAGAAUAAAUAAAAUAAUAUACUUUUAUUAUGGCCCAACGUCACGAAAUUAAAUAAA